UUUGGGAAUAAAGCUAAAAAAGAAGCAUUCCGUCGCGCCCUAUAACCAAAAAAUGUCUUUACUUUAAUGCUUCGAUGAUGACAAGGGAAGCCCAUGUCUAUAUUAUCUUCUGCUCUUGAACCAGUGCCGCCCGCAUAGCAGCUCGGAUUCUCAGUGAAAGCCAAUGGGGAGCGCAUCAUCUACGCUAACUCAAUAUGAUAUUGAGGAAGUGAAGGGGCACUGCAAUAAUCUAUUUUCCCAGCAAGAAAUAGUGUCAUUAUAUCAAAGAUUUUGCCAACUUGAUCGCAAUGCAAAGGGUUUUAUCUCAGCUGAUGAGUUCUUAUCAGUUCCUGAGUUUGCGAUGAAUCCGCUUUCUCAGCAGAGGCUCCUUAAGAUGGCGGAUGGUUUGAAUUUUAAGGACUUCGUGGCUUUCUUGUCAGCAUUUAGUGCUAAGGCUAGUAUGCAGCAUAAAAUUGAGUUUAUUUUCAGAGUAUAUGAUUCAGACAGUAACGGAAAGGUGUCUUUCAAUGACAUGUUGGAAGUGCUUCGGGAUUUGUCUGGUUCAUUCAUGUCUGAUGAGCAAAGAGAGCAAGUAUUGAGCCAAGUUUUGAAAGAAGCAGGUUACACGAGGGAAUCUUAUUUAAUGUUGGAUGACUUCAUUAAGGUUCUUAACAGUUCUGGCCUAAAAAUGGAUGUUGAAGUUCCAGUUGACUAAUUUAAGCUAGCCCUGCUGUCUUAUGCUACAAUUCAAGAUGAAAAUCCGAAAGCUGGAUAGUCAACCGGCAAAUGCAUCCUUGUAUAAUUGGAACCACACACCUGUAUUUAUAUACAUUUUUGUUUUUUUACUAAUUGAUUUGAUAGACAAUAUAAAAUAAAGGAAAAAAAAAUUUCUACUAACUAGGUUGUAAGAAAAUUUCUCUGACCCAAUUUCUAGAAGUGUCAUGUAUCCUUUAGUACGUGAGAAAUACAUGUUUUUUUUUUUUUUUUUUAAUAACAUAUGCUUUUUUAAUGGCAUUAAUAGAAAAAUGUUUCUCACACGGAUAUAUCAUAUAUGGCACUUUCAGAUUGAAUUAGAAGAAUUCUUACGACCAAAUUUUGUAAGAAAUUUAUAUCCUAAAAUAAAGAACAUGUGUAUUUAUUUCAAUAAAAUAUCAAAUGUUUCAUUA